AUGAGUAAAAAUAAAAAGGGGAAGAAAAAGGAUGACUUGGACGCAAUCCUUGCCGAAUUCGGUUUUGACGAAAAGCGGGAAGAUGAAGUAAAGGACCAGAAGGACAAGGGAGGAGAAGGAGUCAACGGAGAAGCAGGCGGUGCAGGUACCCCUGCUGGUGCAGAGGAAAAUGAGGCGACCAAAAUGUCCAAGUCGAAAAAGAAAAAGGAAAAGAUGAAACAGAAGAAGGAGCAAAUGAAGGGCAAGGAAAAUGUAGAAGAGGGGGAUGAAGGAGAAGCGAAGAAGGCAAUGGCCGAGCAGGGCGCCGAUGAGGCAGAUGCCAAUGAUGAUGCUAAUGAUGAUGCUAAUGACGCCGCCAAUGAUGGUGCCAAUGAUGCCGCCAAUGAUGGUGCCAAUGAUGCCGCCAAAAAGAACAAGAAAAAGAAAAAAAAGGACAAGGAGAAAGGGAAGGAACAAAAAGGCACGUCAGGGAUGUCAGAAAUGGCCAAAGCAGCCGCGGAAAGGCUCAGGCUACUAAAGGAGUAUGAAGAAAAGAAAAGGGAAGAGGAAAAAAGAAAACAAGAAGAGGAAGAAGAAAGGAUUCGAAAGGAGGAGGAAGAAAAGGAAAAAAAACGAUUAGCUAAAUUGGAAAAAAAAAUGCAAUUAAAAAAGGAAGGAAAAUUGUUAAGUGCAAAAGCCAAGGAAGAAAAAAAAAAAAAAGAAUUGUAUUUGAAAACCCUGAAAGAAUCUGGGGUACUCAUCGAACCGAAGGAAAAAGCCAAAGCGGAAAUCAUCAACAUCGACUUGAACAAAACAAAGGCUUUCUUAAAGAAGAAGAAGAACAAAACGAAUGCUAACACAAGUGGAAGCGGAAAUAUGAAUAACAACGCAGAUGGGGCAGGAGGUACUACACCCCAGGGGAACAAGCUAGUUGAAGAACAAGCCAAAGACGAACCCAAAGAAAUUGUCUUGGACGACUGGGAGGAUUUCCUCAACGUGGAUGAAGAAAGUAAAAAGGAAAAACAAUCCAAUGAAAAUCAGAAUAAUGCAAAGACGGAUAAGGAAAGAAACAAAUCUAAGGAGGCAAAAGGGUCAGAGGGGAAAAAAGGUACAAAGGUGGACGCACUUAGCGCCAAGAAAGGAAAAAAAAAAAACGACACUAGCAAGACCAACGGUAAUGAAAAACACAGCAACACGCAAAAUGAAUCAGACGAUGAAAGCGAAUAUCGAUCAGCCAUUGUGUGUAUAUUGGGUCAUGUCGACACCGGAAAAACCAAAUUACUGGACAAACUUCGACAUACAAAUGUACAGGAUAAUGAGGCCGGAGGAAUUACACAACAAAUCGGAGCGACCUUUUUCCCAAAGGAUGUCUUAGAUAAGGAAAUAAAAAAAGUAGAUGAAAGUAUCAAGUGCAUGUCGAAAGGAAUUAUGAUUAUCGAUACCCCGGGGCAUGAGUCAUUUUACAAUUUGAGGAAAAGAGGUUCCUCUCUCUGUGACAUAGCCAUUUUAGUGAUUGACUUAAUGCACGGAUUAGAACAACAAACAAAGGAAUCCAUUCAAAUAUUGAAACAAAGGAAUUGCCCUUUUGUUAUUGCAUUGAACAAAAUUGAUAGGCUUUAUAUGUGGAACAAGAAUGACUGGUCUCCAUUUAACAGCACUUUUAAUAAGCAAAAGGAAAAUACACAAGAUGAAUUUAAGGAUAGACUACAAAAUAUCCUUAAUGAGCUAGCCGAACAAGGAUUGAAUUGCCAACUCUAUUGGGAAAACCCCAACCCACGGAAGUAUGUUUCCAUCGUACCGACAAGUGCAAUAACUGGAGAAGGAAUUGCCGACUUAAUCAUGAUUUUAGUAAAGCUGACCCAGAAUUUUAUGCUUAAAAAUAUUGAAUACCAUGAUAAAUUAGAAUGCACCGUUUUGGAAGUAAAAAAUAUUGAAGGGCUAGGAACAACCAUCGACGUAAUUCUCACUAAUGGCGUCCUGAAGGAAUCAGAUACCAUCGUCCUGUGUGGUAUGAAUGGACCCAUUGUCACAGUUAUUAGAGCUUUAUUAACUCCACAACCGUUAAAAGAGCUAAGAAUAAAAAACGAGUAUGUGCACCACAAAUCUAUUAAGGCAUGCAUUGGAGUGAAAAUCUCUGCCAACGGAUUGGAAGAAGUGCUCUGUGGUACUUCCUUAUUCGUUGCCAACAACACCAACGAAAUUGAAGACUACAAAAAGAAAGCAAUGACAGAUGUUUCAGAUGUCUUCAAUCAUGUCGAUAAAACGGGGGUAGGUCUGUACGUUAUGGCUAGCACCCUUGGUUCCUUAGAAGCAUUACUCAUCUUUUUAAAGGAUUCCAAAAUACCCGUUUUUGCAGUGAAUAUUGGAACAGUGCAAAAGAAAGAUGUGAAGAAAGCUAGCGUCAUGAGGGAGAAGGGGAAACCUGAAUAUUCAGUCAUCCUAGCCUUUGAUGUUAAAAUCGAUCCAGAAGCAGAGAAGGAGGCGCAAAUCUUAGGAGUGGAAAUUAUGCAGAAGGAUAUUAUUUACCACUUGUUUGAUGCCUUCACAAGUUAUAUUAAAAAAAUUGAGGAAGAGAAAAAACAGAGCAAGUUGACGGAUGCCAUUUUCCCAUGCGAACUGUCCAUUGUCAACGACUGUGUAUUUAAUAAAAAGGAUCCAAUCGUCAUUGGGGUUAAGGUAGAUUGUGGAAUAUUGAAAAUUGGAACCCCACUAUAUAUCCCUGAGAAGAGCCUAAAAAUAGGAAACGUCGUUAGCAUUCUCUUGAACAAAAAAACCUGUGAAAAAGCCAAAAAGGGAGACGAAGUUUCUAUUAAAAUUUGUGGAGAACCACACAUCACCUUUGGAAGGCACUUUGAUUUUAAUCAAAAGAUAUACAGCAAAAUUACCAGAGAGAGCAUUGACGUAUUGAAGGAGUACUUUAGGAGCGAGUUAACCAUGGAGGACUGGAAACUCGUCGUGCAGCUCAAGAAAAUCUAUAACAUUAUCUGA